ACAAAAUACUGCCAGACCCUCUCUACAAUGACUCAAUCAGGGCAACGACAAGCUGUAGAAAGGCACAGUCGUAUUUUGUAUCGACACACCUCACGCAGGGAGUAGUCAAAAAGAGGUGUCUCGGUGUGAUGGCUCCAGAUACAAAGAAGUUCGUGCUUUGAGACAGCUACAAGUGUGACAGUCUUUCGCACAUGGAGAGGGAGGCAACGGACAGUGGUCAAGAGCAACAGCAAAGUGAAGAAGUCAUAAAUGACAAACAGAAAGUUGUGGUUGCUUCCGGCAAGUUCAAGCUUUCACUCGAGAUGGGCAGUCACUUCCACUCGCGGUAAAUUGUCGAUUGUUGUUGCCCAGUUGCACAGUUGCGCGCACCUUCCUUUGAUUGUCAUCAACAAGCUUACUUGCCUUUCAUCUUCCCAAGCACACUUUCCUGACUACUUUAACAUGCUCAGCACCUACAACAGCGCUUGUCUUCACUCUUUACGCGCCCAAGCCACUCACCCGCAAUCAAUUCACUUCGCCGAGCGCCUGAACCUUUGGCAACCGACCGCGCAGCGCAAUCAACGCGGCAAGACUCAACCCUUCCCGUUUGACGCGUAUAUCCACGGCAUCGGUCAUAUCACUACCACAAGUGAGCAUAUCAACCAGAUCUUCGACUCACAAUCCGACAUGUCUUGGGACGCACCCGUUGAAGCUGCCUGGGGCGCUUCACCUGACGCUGUCCAAACAUUCACUCAACAGGUGAAUGCUGUCAGCACCGUCGGAGACACUACCACCCACGCGGGCGCUGAUGCAUCUGUACAAAACGAAGAAUCACCCCCCACUAAGAUGCGCACCUCUCUCGCCGAUCUGACUAACGGCGACGUCAACGUUAUGACCGCUCAUCUCGCUCAAGGCCUGGGCCCUCACUCGUUCCUCGAGCGCUUUGCCAGCUCCAACGCUGCUACACCUGUCGGGAUUGCUCAGCCCAAGCGCAAGCCCGGCCCACACCAUCGUCUCCAAGCACUCGCAGAAGAUGUUCCCCUACCUGAGUCGCCUGCUCCUACCCUAGCAGAGUCGACUGCAUCCACCUCAGAUUCGUUCACCUCGAAGUCACCCGCUUCAGUCACAAAGUUGCCAGAGUCAUCUGCCCGGGUCGGAAAGUUGCCAGAGUCGCCCACUGGCAUCGCCACGUCGCAAUGUUCGGUCGACCAUGCCUACUCCGAGUCUGAUGGCGGUCCAGAAACGCCCGUAGCUAUUGCCCCUCUUGAUCCCGAGCCAUCCAUCCUGAAGGAUAGCCCCUCAGCACAUAUUGCAACUGUCGAGGACGAUACCGAGUCUGAUACAGCCUCGGCAAUCAUCAAAGUUGAGCACGACGCCGAUACAUCCCCUAAGCCAAAGCUGCUCAACACAAUCUCCGAACAGGAGCGCAAGAACCUCGAUCCCAAGGCUAGUGAAUGGAUUUCUGAAGUCCCCGAGGCCACUGAGGUCAAUUAUCUACCUCCAUCGUGCCCUGACUCACCUGUCACAGUCGAAGCUGCGCUGCCCGCCGCCGAAGUGGAGAUUAGCGCUAGCUGCCGCGAGGCAGAGCUCAUCAACGACUGCUGUCCUGUCCCAGAGGGCUGGGGUGUUACUACUGUUGUCGGAAAAUUCGCUGAAGGUGAACUGUUUGAUGGUCUCCUGGAAGGCGGUGUUCACAAGAAAGUCUUGUGCUACUACUCACACUACUUUGCUACCAUGCUCAGCUCGGAGAGCGACAGCAAUAAAGUAGAGGUCGCUCACAUCACCAAUGAUCCCGCUUUCACGGUCUUCCGCUACUGGAUCUUCUGUCGAAGCAUUUGUGCCAAGGACGAAGUAGGUAUCCCUCACUUUGACCAUGGCAUUGAUUUGAAGACUCUCGUGAAGCUCUGGCGCUUUGGUGCUCACAUUCAGGCCCCUUCGUUCACCAACACCAUUGCUGAUGCCAUCAUCGCCAAGAAUAUCACUGCUGAUGAGCUCUUCACCGCCGCUGCUGAGGUCGACAGUGUGUUGAUGCUGGUCGAUGCUGAGAACAAAUUCAGACUCCUGAUCAGCCAUGCCGUCAUUCUUAGCGAGAUUCAGUUCGACUUCGAGAGUUAUGACAAAUGGCCCAAAUCGCUUGUCUGUUCCAUUCUUGUCUCGUUGAACCGUGGUGGUACUCAGUCGGACUCCAAGGACCAUCCCUGCGUGUACCACCUUCACCCGCCUGGCCGCACCUGCAAGUCGUAAGGAGGAAUUGUGUCAAUGUUGUUAGUGUGGUGAUGAUGUUCCUAUGGUUUACGGAAGUAAUGAGGUCUCUUGUGGACAAAAGGAGAAUUGAGAGGAUGGACAGAAGAAUGUACUGUAGCGUUUCACCAUAGAUUUCCAGAAGAAAGGAAAAGCCUGUUAUCAGUCUGUCGAAAUGCACCAUACUUUUCGUA